AUGCUCUUCUUCUCCGCUCUGGUGCUUCUGUGCAUCCUGCCACUCAUAGCAGUCUGCGCAGAAGACUACUACAAGCUCCUCGGCCUCGACAAAGACGCCGACGACCGGCAAAUCAAAAAGGCCUACCGAUCGCUGUCCAAAAAGUACCACCCCGACAAGAAUCCCGGUGACGAGUCCGCGCACCAGAAAUUCGUCGAUGUCGCCGAAGCCUACGAUGUCCUCAUCGACUCCGAGAUCCGUCGCGUGUAUGAUCAGUAUGGGCACGAGGGGGUGAAGCAGCGCAAGCAAAGAGGCCAGGGCGGCCAGGGAGGCAUGCAUGAUCCGUUCGAUCUCUUUUCUCGCUUCUUCGGAGGCGGCGGACACUUCCACAGCGGGCAGAGGAGGGGGCCCAACAUGGAAUUGCGGGUGCGGGUGCCAUUGAAGGACUUCUACACCGGUGCGAUGCACGAUAUCAAGGUGGAGAAGCAAGUCAUCUGCUCCAAGUGCGCGGGCAGUGGGAGCGCGGAUGGGCAGCGGGACACGUGUCAUAAGUGCAAUGGACAAGGCAUGGUGAUUCAAAAGCACAUGCUGGCCCCUGGCAUCUUCCAGCAGAUGCAGAUGCAGUGCGAUGUGUGCGGAGGCAAGGGCAGCACGGUGAAGCACAAGUGCAAAGUGUGCGAUGGCAAUCGCGUGGUUCGCGACGAGGAGAGUCACGAGUUGUACGUGGAGAAGGGCAUGCCGCGCGGCGCGAGGGUGCACUUUGAGAACGAGGGCGACGAGAGUCCCGACUGGGCGGCAGGAGACAUUCUGGUGCAGGUCCAGGAGGCGGAGCCGGUGCUGGGGCAGGAGGACAAAGACAAGACGGAUGGCACCUUCUUCCGACGCAAAGAGCAGGAUUUGUUCUGGCGCGAGGUGCUUUCGCUGCGGGAAGCAUGGAUGGGUGGUUGGACGCGUAAUAUCACGCAUUUGGACGGCCAUGUCGUUCCCUUGUCUCGGGCGCGCGGGCAGGUGGUGCAGCCCGGGACGGUGGAAGUGGUCCCUGGCGAAGGCAUGCCAUUCUGGCGACAAGAAGGCGACGGGCAGACGCAUGGCGCCUUGCACAUCGAAUACGUCGUCGUUCUGCCCGACCAGAUGGACAAGGCGAGCGAGAAAGAAUUCUUUGAGCUGUGGGAGAAGUGGCGGCAGAAGAAAGGUGUGGAUCUGCGAAGUGAUAGCGGGCGGCCCAGCCACGAUGAGCUAUAG